CGUAAUACCAUAGAAGAAGGACUCUAGCUAGCUCAAGCUAAUAACAACAACACUCGCUGCAGCGUAUUUAAAUAUUUGGUUGCAGUUUCCGAGACGUUUAGCUAUCACCUGUUUGCGUUGGUUUGUAGUAAAAACAAAAACUAGAUACUUGUUCAUGUCAAAAAUAACAAUACACGUUCGUUCAAUAAUAUUUAAACAAAUGUUGUCUCAGUUUCACAUUUUUGUAUAGCUAGCCUGCUAAUGUUAACACAAUAAGGGCCUUAACUAGCUAGAGUUACUGUAACGUUGAUCGCUUGACAUUUUGAACGCGAGAAUCUAAGGCUUGCCUGCAAAAACUUGCUCCUCUUCCAACGGAGAAAUAUAUAUUAUAUAUAUAUAUAUUUAGCUAACUAGUUAGGUAGAAGUUAAGUGGUUUCUAAAAUGAGGGGCGGUUCAUCGUAUGGAGAUCGAGACAGGGACCGUGGUCGCGACAGGGGGAGUCCUCGUUUUGGGUCUAGCAGAGGUCCCCCUCCCAACAAGAAGUUUGGGAACCCAGGGGAGCGUUUGCGCAAGAAGAAAUGGGACCUAAACGAGCUUCCAAAGUUUGAGAAGAACUUUUACAAUGAACAUCCAGAUGUUCAGCGCAUGAGCCAGUAUGACUUGGAGGAGUUUCGCAGGAAGAAGGAGAUCACUAUCAGGGGGUCAGGCUGCCCGAAGCCUGUCAGUAGCUUCUCCCAGGCCCAUUUUCCCCAGUAUGUGAUGGAUGUGCUGAUGCAGCAGAACUUUAAAGAGCCCACAGCUAUCCAGGCACAAGGCUUCCCUCUGGCCCUGAGUGGCAGGGACAUGGUGGGCAUCGCACAGACAGGUUCUGGGAAAACCUUAUCGUAUCUCCUGCCUGCCAUUGUGCACAUUAACCACCAGCCCUACCUAGAAAGAGGAGACGGACCAAUCUGUUUGGUUCUGGCACCAACUCGAGAGCUGGCCCAGCAGGUUCAGCAAGUGGCGCAUGAAUACGGCAAGUCAUCACGCAUCAAGAGCACCUGUGUCUACGGGGGAGCUCCCAAGGGACCCCAGAUCCGUGACCUGGAGAGAGGUGUUGAGAUCUGCAUCGCCACCCCGGGUCGUCUCAUUGACUUCCUGGAGGCAGGGAAGACCAACCUACGGCGCUGCACCUACUUGGUGCUGGACGAGGCUGACAGGAUGCUGGACAUGGGCUUUGAGCCUCAGAUCCGCAAGAUUGUUGACCAGAUUAGGCCUGACAGACAGACCCUGAUGUGGAGUGCCACCUGGCCCAAGGACGUGCGGCAGCUAGCAGAGGACUUCCUGAAGGACUAUGUCCAGAUCAACGUGGGAGCCCUGGAGCUGAGCGCCAACCACAACAUCCUGCAGAUUGUGGAUGUGUGCACAGAGAGUGAGAAGGACAACAAGCUGCUCCAGCUGAUGGAGGAGAUCAUGGCUGAGAAGGAGAACAAGACCAUCAUCUUUGUGGAGACCAAGAAACGCUGCGAUGAUCUGACCCGCAGAAUGAGACGUGAUGGGUGGCCAGCGAUGUGUAUCCAUGGUGACAAGACUCAGCCAGAGAGAGACUGGGUGCUGACAGAGUUCCGUAGUGGCAAGGCUCCUAUUCUUAUUGCUACUGAUGUGGCCUCACGUGGUUUGGAUGUGGAGGAUGUCAAAUUUGUCAUCAAUUAUGACUACCCAAACUCCUCUGAGGACUACAUCCACCGUAUCGGCCGUACGGCCCGUAGCACCAACAAGGGUACAGCCUACACAUUCUUCACUCCGGGCAACCUUCGUCAGGCCCGUGAGCUCAUCCGUGUUCUAGAGGAGGCCCGGCAGGCCAUAAACCCCAAGCUGCUGCAACUGGUCAACACUGGCCGUGGAGGAGGAGGCAGGUCACGUUUCCGUGGCAACGGCUCCAACGCCAGCAACCCCAACCUGAUGUAUCAGGAUGAGUGCAACCGGCGCAUGCGCACCACCGUAGGCAGCAAGGACAGCCGGGGGAGCAGCAGCGGCACGGGGAGCAGCAGCAGCUUCAGCCGCGACAGCCGAGAUGGAGGGAGCAGCCGCGCCGGGGACAGGUCAUCCUCUUCCUACAGGGACAGGAGGGACAGCCGCAGCUAUGGCUCCAGCUCCUCCUACAGCCAGUACAAGUCCGGGAGCAGCAAUGGGGGGCAAGAUCAGUCAGCGGGGCAGUUUGGUUCAGUCAGCAGGUCCAGUAAGCCCCCUCCACCCCCCUCAGGGCCGCAGCCCCUCAUGGCCCAGAAGUUUACCCCAGCCAAGCCCAUGAUGGGAUUAAUGGGGCACUCGCCCUUCCAGUUUGCUUCCCCACCCCCUCCAACCUCACAAAGGAAGUAAAGCUGGGGCUAGCCCUCACCACACAUGCAUACAAUCCCCAACAUCAACCAGAAAAAUCAGUUGUGUUAGGAUUUAGCAUGUCAGGUUUUGAGAUUCUGGAGUACUGUGCUUGAAAUCUUGGCCUUAGCCGACAUAAAUCCAGAAGUGUUUUGUUAGAUUGGUGAGCGUUAAAAAUAAGUCAGACGAUUUGUUGUGGACAUUCAACAUUCCAAUAAUGAACUUGCCUGACUAACAAGCAGUUUGACAUCAGUGCUUUGAAAGGAUUUGUUUAAGCAUUAAAAUAGCUGUACAAAUGCAGAUUGCCAUUUAAGUAGUUAGACCACACUUGAAGUGGAAUACGCUGAAAUGUAAUAGUUAUACAUUUGUAGGUGAUGAAAGCAUUUUCAUUGAAGUGCCGUCUAAUUUGUUUCAUGUUGCUUUUCCCACAAAACACAUAUCCAGUGCUGUCAACAGUUAACCUUUUCAGCAUAUUGUCCUCCAACAUAAAGGUUAUUUCAUUAUUGUACAAACCGGCUUUCUUAGUAUAGUGAGCUUCGAAUGAGUCGUUUCAGUGUAUGAAUGUAUUAUUUUGCCUUUCGGUGUACGAGGCAGGUGCUACCGUUUCUCAACAACUUUUUUUCUCAGCCCAUUCAGAUGUGCUUUUUGUUCUUCAGCUUUAGCUAGUUUGUACAUAAGUGAUUAUUUUCCCAUUUAGAAUUUCUCUGAAAAAGGUGAUUAGUAAAUCAGUUCCAGGACAAUAUUUUGAAAUAUGCAUAAACAUUUCCUGUCAUGAGGUCGUUAUUCGACUUUAGUUUGUUCAUUCAAACCUUUAUAUACACUUAUGUAGGUUACGUAAUUUUAAUUGUUUAUUUUGUGGGAUCGUUCAACCCCUCCGGUAGCUGGAGUAUAUAAUAAAAUAGUUUCAUGGUCUUGGGAUAUUGUUUCUCUAUUGAACUCUAAACCGGUCACACAUGUUUGUUUCUUCCUAGUGUAGAGAUGUAUAGGUUAGUGCUAUCUGUCCUUUCCAUCUGUAGUUGAAUCAUUCUAGUAUGUAGACAAGACCAACCUGUAAAAUCACAUUACUGUCUGGUUUUGUUUCAGGUUUCAAUAAAGCUUUAAUGUUUAAA